CGCGGCCCUGCUAAAAGGCGGACGUGCUGGUGCUCUUGCCUCUUGUCGACCCUCGCUGCUGCUUCGCUCACACCCACACAACCAACUCAAGAGCUCCGUUACAACUUUUUCCCACCUUUGCUGAUACUCAGGUGUGUUCCCCGCCCGCCGUGAUGGUCAGUGGGCGACACUCCUCUGCCGACACGGGUUGCUGCCACGGAUCCCUCCUUUCCCUCCUCCUCCUCUCACUUCUGUCUCUCUCUCCCUGUCUGGCCGUCACUAACACCAGCUCCAGCACUACCUCUUCCUCCUCUUCCUCCCAAUCUGACUCGUCCUCCUUGUCCUCUUCCUCAUGUUCCUCACCCAAAACAUCGUCUAUCUCCCCCCUUUCGUCCUCCUCCUCGUGCUCCUCCUCGUCUGUGCCCCCAGUGAGACACGACUACUGUGUCAUUGGAGCGGGGCCAGCCGGGCUACAGAUGGGGUACUUUCUGCACACCGCCGGGAGGGACUACCUUAUCUUCGAGCGUGCUAACCAUUCAGGCAGCUUCUUCUCGGAGUACCCUCGUCACCGUCGCCUCAUCAGCAUCAACAAGAGAAACACUGGGAGGACAAACGCUGAGUUCAACAUGCGACACGACUGGAAUUCCCUUCUCUCGCACGAUCCGACUCUUCUCCUCAAGCACUUCUCCACAGAGUUUUUCCCCGAGGCAGAUGCAAUGGUGCGGUAUCUCGGGGAGUUCACGCGGCGUCUGGGGCUUCGUGUCAAGUACAAUAGUGUGGUGCAAAACCUUCAGCGGCACCCUGACACCACGUCCAUCACCAAGGGCUACUUCACCUUCCAAGACCAGCACAGCACACACUACUACUGCAGGACCGUGGUGGUGGCGACGGGCAUGAAUGUUCCCAGCAAACCCAACUUCCCCGGGGCACAGUACACCCUGGGUUACGAGACGCUGCCUGUUGAUCCUGAAUUCUACGAGGGGAAGAACGUGCUUAUACUUGGCAGAGGCAACGCGGCCUUCGAGACAGCGGACUCCAUCUAUGGCAACACUAAUAUGAUCCACAUGGUGUCCAGGUCCAGGGCGAGGCUUUCCUGGAACACUCACUACGUUGGCGACCUCAGAGCAGUGAACAACGGCCUCCUGGACACUUACCAACUGAAGUCUUUGGACGGCCUGCUGGAAGCGUCAGUGGAGGACAUGGUGCUGGAGAAACAGAAUGGGCAGAUCUUCGUGCAGUUUCCCUGGGACAACGAGUCGAGGGACCACCUGCAGGGUACUAAAGGGCAGCAGGAGGAGGAGCCGAUCAAAGAGAACCAUUUCGAUAACUUUUCUCUUCGUGAGGGUUACGAUCUUGUCCUUCGCUGCCUGGGCUUCAAAUUUGACUUCUCCAUGUUCGGAAACUCCACCCACCCCGGUAAAUCUGCCAAGAAGUCGAAAUACCCGGCGAUCAAACACACAUACGAGGCGCAGAGUGUUCCUGGCCUCUAUUUUGCCGGCACAGCUACGCAUUCCCUUGACUUCCGAAAAUCUGCCGGAGGGUUCAUCCACGGCUUCAGAUACACAGUCCGCGCUCUUCACCGCCUGCUGGAGUGGCGGCUGGAGGGACGUCGCUGGCCCGUUACCUCCCACGCCAUCCGAGACCUGCUCAAUGUGCUAGUGAAGCGGGUGAACGAGGCUUCGGGGCCCUACCAGAUGUUUGGAGAGUUGGCUGACGUGGUGCUUCUGAGAGACGGGAAGACCAGAUUUGAGCUUCUGCAGGAGUUCCCGGUGCAUAUGUUAGCGCAGCUGGAGGAACUGACGGGGCGCGAGGCUGAGGAGGUGGUGGUGGUCCUGAUGGAAUACGGACCGGACUUCUCUGGGCCUGAAAAAGACACCUUCAGAGUGGACAGGUCUACUGGAGAUCCCCUCGAGGCACACCGCUCUAAUUUCCUUCACCCCGUCUUCUACUACUACAAGAAGCUUCCCACAGAGGCGGAGAUGAUGACGAAGUGGGGCAAGACCAGCCUACCCAAACCUGCCCGCCUCCACCACAUGCUUGAGGACUUCCUGACGGUGUGGACAUCGCAGCAGAGUCACAUCCUCCCACUGCGACGCUUCCUGGAGUACAUCACGGGGAUGGACCUGCGCCACCAUUACGCCCACACCUGCCUCGCCCACGCCCUCACUAAUGGACGCGCGCCUCACCUGUGUGCGUGGGAGGGUGGGCGGAGCAUCUAUCCUACCCCCAGCGUGCCAAUCCACCCACCAGACGACCCAAGCGGCACUCCAGACUUAUCGUUACGUGACAGGGCGCCGUCCGUUCUUCCUGCCGCGUCUCUUGCUUCUGCUACUUCUUGA